GCAGGAUGUUGAAGAGACUGUAGCUGACAUAAAAAUCUUGAAAGACUUCCGAGAGUGCUUUCCCACUGAGAAGAUAAAGCAUGACUAGCAUCCAGGAAGGGAGUGGAUUUUUCCUUCCAUCUCCCUGACAAACUCACCAAAUUCCUGAGAAACACAAACUGUUUUUUCUGAAGUUGUUGAAGCUGAUAUGAGCAGAGUGGAGGGCAAUUUUUUUAGCCCUGCAAAGCUACGUGGUAUUUGAAAUGCUGAAGAGGAAAUUACGGUUUUGCCACAACUCAUGUUUCAGGCUUUUCUUGGGUCUAACUCUUAUUUUAGUAAUCAUCUCGGUUUUGAAAGUUAACCAGAAACAAAACUUCUUAAAUCGGAGACAUCUAGAGCUGACAAAAGAAGAUCCUAUUGGCAAUGUUAACUGCACCAAGAUUAUAGAGGGGGAUAUAGAAGAACUUCAAAAGGUAAAGCUUGAGACAUUGUCAGUGUCAUUUAAGAAACGCCCCAGAUUAACAACAAAUGAUUAUAUUAACAUGACAGCAGACUGUGCAUCUUUCACCAAGACUAGGAAAUACAUUAUGGAACCUCUCAGCAAUGAAGAAGCAGAAUUUCCAAUUGCUUACUCAAUAGUGGUUUAUCACAAAAUUGAGAUGCUUGAUAGACUUCUAAGAUCAAUCUAUGCCCCUCAGAAUUUUUACUGCAUUCAUGUUGACAGAAAGUCUCCAGAAUCUUUUUUUGCUGCUGUGAAGGGAAUAGUCUCAUGUUUUGAUAAUGUCUUUAUUUCCAGCCAGUUAGAGAGUGUUGUAUAUGCUUCAUGGAGCAGGGUGCAGGCAGACAUUAACUGCAUGAAAGAUCUCUACAGAAGAAGUUCAAACUGGAAAUACCUAAUAAACCUCUGUGGCAUGGACUUUCCUAUAAAGACCAACCAGGAAAUAGUAGAGAAAUUAAAAGCUCUUAAAGGUGAAAACAGCUUGGAAACAGAAAAAAUGCCUCUUUAUAAAGAAGUAAGGUGGAAAAAACACCAUGAGAUUAUUGAUGGUAAAAUAAAGAACACAGGUGUAGACAAACAACUACCACCUCUCAAUACUCCAAUUUUUUCUGGUAGUGCCUAUUUUGUAGUUAGCAGAAGAUUUGUAGAAUACGUAUUAGAAAGCAGCAAAAUACUUAAGUUCAUUGAGUGGGCAAAAGACACUUACAGCCCAGAUGAGUACUUGUGGGCAACAAUUCAGAGAAUCCCUGAAGUCCCGGGUGCAGUUUCUUCUAGUGACAAGUACGAUGUUUCUGACAUGAAUGCGCUGGCCAGGUUUGUCAAGUGGCAGUACUUUGAAGGUGACAUGUCGAAAGGUGCACCCUACCCACCAUGCAGUGGAGUUCAUGUUCGCUCUGUCUGUGUUUUUGGGGUAGGAGACCUGAACUGGAUGCUACGAAACCACCACUUCUUUGCUAAUAAGUUUGACACUGAUGUUGACCCUUUUGCAGUGAAAUGUUUGGAAGAGUAUUUGCGUCACAAAGCUCUGUAUCUGCAAAAGAACUGAAAUACUGCAUGCUCCUGUUACAAAACAUAGGUACAAAUAGUAUACGGCUAUGUACUUUAACCUGUUACACUGAUGGUGGCGGUGCUGAUGAUGGGUAUAAUGGUUCUCACCAUGUUGGUAUGGUGGUGGCGACGCCCUCCCUGCCUCGUCCAUGGACAAGGGGGAGAGAAGACAUAUCUCAAGAUGGGGAUGCCUUGUGUUGCACACUGAGGCUUGGAACUCUGGGUACAAAAUCAAAGACAGCAAUUUUUGGAAGGCCAACUGUUUGGAAUAUUUAUUAUCUAAAAGGUGUAAUUAACGGAUGUCUUUGGCUAAAUUAUUUGUUUUAAGGCUUGGAAAAUGCAUGUUGUUCAUAGUUAUUCCUCAGUUUUUUCCCAUGAAUGUAAUGCUAGCUGGAAGGGAAAGAUGAAGAGGGGGAAAAAAAAAGGAAAAAAGCAGCUGGACUGCACAGACUUCAUACUGAGUACUGAAAGAUCUCAGGAAAAUAACAUUAGGAUUGAUCUGAAAACUGUACAAAAGGGAAUAUACCAAAGCCAGCUGUCAUCAUUUAACUUAAAUCUGAUUGCUGUAGUUCUGCAAUAUGUAAUUCUUAAUCCUCCUGAAAAUUUCAUCUUCAGCAUGGAGUAUUAAGGACUUGUGUUUAAAUUUUUGUAGCCAAAUCUUGCUUUUGUACUCUUAAACCCCCCUGAUAAU